AUGCUCAAAGCGAAUGCUAAUAGAAAAUCACUCAAUGCUAUUUUUGGAGGAAUAGAAGAGAACCAGUUCAGGUAUGUUACAACAUGUGAUUGCGCCAAGAAUGCUUGGGACAUUCUACAAAGAAUUCAUGAAGAUACAAAUUUGGUGAAAAUCUCCAAGCUCAAGAUGUUGUCAACCAUAUUUGAGAAUCUCAAGAUGAGAGAAGAAGAGACUAUCAUCAUAUUCAACAGCAAACUGAUGGACAUAGCAAAUCAAGCAUUUCAACUCGGUAAGAAGUAUUUUGAUAAAAUACUUGUUCAGAAAACUCUCAGAUCUCUUCUAAGAAGAUUUGAUGCUAAAGUUGUUGCAAUAGAAGAAGGAAGGGACAUCACAACUAUGAGACUUGAUGAGUUGAUGGGAUCCUUACAAGCCUAUGAUAUGAAUUUGAAUCCAGGUAGAAGAGAAGAAGAUAUAGUUAUGAAAGCUGAAGCAACAAGGUCGAAAGAGUUGCAACAUACUAUUGUAACUGAAGACAAAGCAAAAGAUAUAAUCAACAAUCGUACUACUUUACCAACUGUGAUAAAGAAAGCUGAAGUUUUCAGAAAUUUCAAUGCUUUUGCUAGUCCAGUUACAACCUCAAUAGCAACACCUGGAGAAAGUGAUUGUGAAGUGGUUACUGAAAAUGAUCUUCUUCAUGGGUAUGAACUUAUGCUAAAUAAAAUUGUUAAAAUGUUCACACAAAACAAAAGUCUUGCAAAAGAGCUGAAAGUAUGUCAAGAAAAGUUGAACGAUGCUGAAAAGACCAUAAACUACAUGAAGAAGGGAAAAGCCAAGAUUGAUGAGAUAUCUUUUAAAGCAAGUGUUACUCAACAUAAUAUUGAGACUAUAAAAGAGACAUCAGGAGUCAAGAAAGGUAAAGUUGAAGCAGGUGACAAAGGCUUUUUGAUGAAUUACAAAGAAUGUCAAGUUGGGCAUGUGACUUUUGGUGAUGGUCAAAAAGGUCAAGUAGUUGGAAAAGGAACAUUGAUGGUUCCUGGGUAUCCAAGAUUGAAAAAUAUUCUACAUGUAGAGGGACUCAAGGAUAGAUGUGUGGUCUACGAUGAAGCUGGUCAAUAUGGUUUAAUUGGUUCAAGAUCUUCAGACAAUUGCUAUUUGCUAGAAAAAUUGGAAGUCUGUUACAACGCAUUUUCCAACAUCACUGAAAUCUGGCAUCAGAAGCUUAUACAUCUGAACUUCAUAAACUUAAUGAAGAUUGCAGAAAUAGAAGCUGUUAAGGGAGUGCCCAAGCUUACAAAAAAGGAAGAUGGUGUAUGCAGACCUUGUCAACUGGGAAAGAAAAGUCGUGCUACUCACAAAGUGUUGCAACACAUUGUUACAAAAAGAGUGUCAAAUUGGGUGGACAUCUUGAAGGAGAAAUCAGAUACCUUUGAAGCUUUCAAGAAUUUAUGCAUGCAACUUCAAAAUGAGAAAGUGUGUCAAAUUGGGAAGAUUGUCAGAAUUAGAAAUGAUCAUGAAAGAGAAUUUGAAAAUGCUCAGUUUGCAGAAUUUAGCAAAGAACAUGGGAUUCAUCAUGAAUUUUCAGCUACAAAAACUCCUUAA